UUCAAGGAGAUCGCGGAGGCUUACGAUGUGCUGAGCGACCCCAAGAAACGAGCUGUUUACGACCAGUACGGGGAGGAAGGUCUCAAAACUGGAGGUGGCUCUUCAGGUGGCUCAGGGAACACUUUCCACUACACCUUCCAUGGAGACCCCCAUGCCACCUUUGCGUCCUUCUUUGGAGGCUCCAACCCUUUUGAUAUCUUCUUCGCUAGCAGCCGCUCCCGGGUGUUCAAUGGCUUUGACCAGGAAGAUAUGGAUAUCGAUGAUGAUGAUGAUCCUUUCAGUGCCUUCAGCCGGUUUGGCUUCAAUGGCAUUAAUGGGGUUCACCGGCGGCACCAGGAGUCCCUGCACAUGCGGAGAAAGGUCCAAGACCCACCCGUCAUCCAUGAGCUCAAUGUGUCCCUGGAAGAGAUCUACCACGGCUCCACCAAGAGGAUGAAGAUCACUCGCAGAAGGCUCAAUGCUGAUGGCCGGACCAUGCGGACUGAGGACAAGAUCCUAAACAUUGUCAUCAAACGGGGUUGGAAGGAGGGAACCAAAAUCACAUUCCCCAAAGAAGGGGAUGCCACCCCAGACAACAUCCCUGCUGACAUCAUCUUCAUCCUCAAGGACAAGCCUCACUCACACUUCAAGAGGGACGGGACGAACGUGGUCUACACGGCAAACAUCAGUCUUAAAGAG